AUGCAGAAGGACUUAUGUACCGCAAUAGGCACAUUUUUUUUCCUUACAGUGCAAGCCUGGAUUGCUCUCAUGCAAAGGCCUCGAUAUGGGGGGAAAAUUGCAGAACAUCGUCACGCGCUUCUGUUCUACGUCUUCAUCACAUUCGUAUUGGGCACGAUAAGCUUUGCUAUGCACGCAAAGUAUACGGAAAUGAUUUGGAUAGACAAUCGUGAUGCACCCGGCGGUCCGCUUGCGCUAAUCAAGAACUACAUGAGUAAUGAUAUCAACGUCCUGGCACUUGCCACUGGUCACAUUCAGGAGUGGUUUAUGCAAGCUCUGCUCCUCCACCGAUGUUUUGUGAUAUGGAAUUGGUCAAGAUGGGUGAUGGUACCGAUGAUCACAAUCUAUAUUGCCAUGAUCGUGUUGUCUAUCCUCGUCGUGGGCCAGGCGAGCACCGGUGCUUCAUUUUACAGCAUCACGAUCGAGCUUGCCUACCUCUGCCUCGAAGUAGGGCACACCUUGAUGUAUACCAUUCUCGUGACGAAUCGCUUGUUCGUCAUGCGAGGACGCAUGAGGCAGAUCAUGGCCCAAUAUGAUUCCAGCACAUAUGAUACUAUCGCCCUCAUGGUCAUCGAGUCCGCAGCGUUAUAUUCCGUCUUCGCUAUCGUUUUCAUAGUUGCAUUUGCUACGCAUGCACUUGGCCUCACCACUCUAUGUUUCCUAUCUAUUAGCAAAAUUCAGGGCAUCGCCCAAUUGCUGAUCAUCAUUCGUGUUGCACGGGGGCGGGCAGUUACAUGCGAGUGGUCGACGCGAGUUACUGCAAUACCUACGGAUAUAGCAUUCACAGGGACUGUAUCGGACACGACAUCGGGAACUGACGACGAACGAAUAGGCAGGCCAGAGCAGGACGUCGUUCAGUUGUGUUCUAAUUCCGAGAAGGCGGCGGAAGUAGCGGCGUCUACAGCAUGA